AGAAAUAACAAUGUAAGUAAUGUCUGUUAUUAUAUAACCUUUCCUCUCAUUCUUAAACAGUGAUAAAGGUUCCUCGCAGAGUUCUUGCCUGGUUGAACACAAGAGCAGGAAAGAGCAAGGAGUCACUGGCCUGUGUAACCUGGGCAACUCGUGCUACAUGAAUGCAGUCAUACAGUGUCUGUGCAGCACCACUCCACUGGUGGAUUACUUCCUGUCGUGGCAGUUUCAAAUGUGUCUAGUUUGGGAGAAAUGUGAAGUUGCACGAACAUUUGCUGAACUUAUGGAUGCCAUGUGGUUUGGGGAACCUGAUUAUAUAUCACCAGAAGAUUUUUGGGUUGCCGUUUGCAGAAUUCACCCUCCAUUUAAAAGAGGAAACCAGGAGGAUGCUCAGGAAUUACUGAUUUAUACACUGAAUGUAUUACAUGAAGACCUAACAUAUACAGUAGAAAGAAAAUCUGGUGUAAGAGAAAGCACAGACAGCUGCUUAGCCAGUAAUACUAGUCAGCCAUCAGUAAUCACACGCCUACUACAAGGAGUUCUGCGGCAUGACACUGUUUGCUUGGAGUGUGGGUACACAAACUACAAGUAUGAAAGUUUUACAGUUAUGUCUCUGCCAAUUCCCCCCGGCCUACAACGAUCUCUACAGGAAUCAAAAAAAUGUCCUCCUCCUUACAAUGAUCUGAGUCUUCAAAAGAAAAUAUGCAGUGUUGUUACUAGGGAAUUUUCUUCCAAAGCCAGGUUGAACACGACCAUCUCGGAGCAUUAG